AUGUGCUGCUCAUCGGCGAAAUGGAAGCGUGAGGUCGUGCCGGACCACAAGUUCGACUUUAUCGACGUCAGCCAGUUCCGCAGCCGGUCGUGCGGCUCUCGCCUGAGCUUCGCCCUAUCCUGGUUCUUCUUCUUCAUCUCCCUCGCCGUCUACGUCGCCGACACCUACACCCUCAUCGCCUUGCUCGCUUCGAACCGAUGGUCCGGCCAGAUCCUCCAGUCUGAAGCCGCGCAGGGCGACACCAAGUCGAGCAAUGUCCUCGAGGUCCCGUUCAACAUCGGCAAAUGGAUCUUCUUCGGCUGCAUCGUCUUCUCGUACCUCCUCCUUCUCUGGGAAGCCCGCAAGGCCCGCGCCAUCGUCAAGUCGCGCGACAUCUCGUACGCCUUCACGAACGUCAUGGCGCACGAGUGGUACGCCCUCCGCUCGUACGACCACCACUGCUUCUUCGGCCAGAUCGAGGAGUCGAAAAAGAAGAAGGACUCGGUCGCGUUCUGGGUUUUCUUUACGUUCAAGGGCUGGAAGGCACUCCUACUUUGCGACGCGCCCCGCCAGGUCAUCAACGCCAUCACGCUCUGGAGUUUCGGCAAGUCGCAGAAAUGGACGACCGACUUUAGCGUCUACUUCUCCGGCUCGCUUAUCAAGAAGGUCGCCUUGAUCACCAUGUCGUACACGGUCAUCAUCUUUGCCAUCUCGGCCGCCUGCCUCCUCGUCGCCUCGAUUAUCUACGUUCCGCUCCUCUGCUACAUCCAGGGCAACUUGAAGGAGUACUGCUGCCACAAGGUCGACAAGCGCAUUGCCGAGUUGAUGAAGCGCAAGGCGAAGCGGCGGUUGAAGCAGGAGCGCGAGCUGGAGGAGCGAGAAGCGCGCGGCGACUUCCGCCAUCUCAAGGGUCGCGCACCUCGCCCGCAGCCGACUCUUCCAAAGAUCGGUCUCGCCGACGACGACCUCGUUUCGGAUGUCGGCUCGGUGCGCGGCGAGAAGUACGCGCCCGACUCGUUCGGCUACCCUCCCUCGAUUCCCUACGGCAACUCGGUCCCGUACGGCCUCUCUCGCCACGCGCCGUAUCCCUCGACGACCGACGUCCAGUCGCUCAAGGGCGGACAGGGCUACUCGUACGCCGAAUCGGUCUCGUCGCACGACGGUCUCGCAGCACGGGCUCAGCCGAUGGGCUAUGACGGCAGCUACUCAGGCAGCGGUCUCGCUGCGCAGUCGAUGUCCCGCCUGCCGUCGUAUCGCACGAAUCCGAGCAGCGGGAACCUCACUCGCGAGAUUGCGUACGAGCGCGACGACCGGUUCGUUGACUACGACGCACAGGAGGACCUCUACGGUGCGACGGGCUACCAGCAGUACGGCCAGGAGUAUUUGCCGUCGCCGCGGAACGAGAGUCGGACAGGCGGGCGUGACGAGCGGGAACGGGACGACGGCGCGCGGUACGGCGACAAGCUCGCCUCGCUCGAUUUUUCCGGCGCGGCGUACGGUCAAGGCUAUCGCUCCGAGACGCCUGCGCUCGACCAGUCCCUCGCAAGCCGGACAGGCGAGUACCAACCUCCGUCGCGGCAGAACCUCUACGAGCGCGCCGAGCGGCACAACAACGGCUCGAACACCGGGCACGCGGGAUCCUUCUCGACGGCGUACGGAGGUGCGCAUGGGGGAGCGUACGGCGGUGCGUACGGAGGUUGGGAGGAGAACGGGCCGUAUCGGUAG